CGCCGUUGUUCCUCAGUGGGUGCCGGCUGCUCGUCGACGGCGAGCGUGCCCCGCGCUCCGUGAACGCUCGCUAGGCCUAACCCCCUGCGCCGCCAGCUUUCGCCGCACUUUCGCCGCGCCGUUGCGCGCGAUUUGCAUCGUCUUCCCGUGGCUGUGAACGUGUGGGUGUCCCCUCCCGACGCUCGUGCAGACGUCGGCGUCAGCAGCGCGAGCGCCCGGACGCCUCGCUCUAGAGUGGGUGCGCGUUUUGAGUGUUUUUGCUCCGCGCGUGUGGUGUUGUGUUGUGUGUGCUCUUCGGCGGCUCGGACGACUUCGGGCCCGCCGCACCGGCGCCUCGUCGACGGCGUGCCCGCCACUUCGAAAGUCGAGUUGCCCGUUAAAGCACGAGGUUUUCACCCCUCUACCAAUUUGGCAACUUGUCUCGAGCCGCCGCAAGUGGUCGUUGUUACAACCGCCACAAGACGAGGCUCAUUUCAACGCUCACCCUGAGUGACGGAGGGAGGCCUCUCCCGUCGAUGUUCAACGGCCCCUGACUUGUGCCCGUGGAUUCCAUCCGGUUACUUCUUGCGACAAAAAAAAAAUCUGCACCUCGGGACUGAGGCCGAGCGACCAGCAGGAAACUGUGGGUGACGACGGCGGCGCCUCGAGAUUCGCCCCUCGGAUGGCGCGCGUGGGCCCGAGGGUAGCAGCACGGCCGCCGAGCGGAGGGUGCCGGCGCCGCCCCGCCGGGCCGCGGGUCGCCGCCGCCGCGACUGCUGCGGCCUGAGCGGCGGCCGAGCGUCGUCCGCCAGCCGCACCACCAUGGCCGCGGCCCAGUCCUCGUCGGCCGGCCCGGGCCCCGGCGGCACGGGACUCGCCGGGGCCACGCUGCUGCGAGCCGGCAUCUACGUGAGACACGUGCGACACAGGCGGUUCCUCGCCAGGACCUGCCAGUACCUGUUGCUGGCAAUUCUUUCUGUCACCGUGGUGAUCAACGUGAUGUUCAUCAUGGACACAAGCCGAAAGCUCCAAGAGGACUCGCCAUCCCAGGAAGGCCGGCACAAUACUCUGCGUCUACAAGAAAGCCUGCCAAAGACACUCACAAUUGAAGUGGUCUCGAGCCAAUCCAAGGUGUCCGUCACUGUCGAUGGAACCACGAUCCUGGAUGACUCGGAAGACAACAAAGGUCGUGGCAUCCAUGUCCUUGUUCUCAAUCAGGCGACGGGAAGUGUCAUGGCACAACGAAUGUUUGACACAUAUUCACCUCAUGAAGAUGAAGCAAUGGCCCUCUUUCUCAACAUGGUCUCUGAUGGACGGGUGCUCAUCUUUAGCAUCAAGGAUGAAGGUACCUUCCAAAUGAAGCAGCCAGCAAGGGACCUGCUGAAACGACUGGGAAGCAAGAAGUCACACGUCAUCAGCUGGAGGGACAUGUGGGGGAUGGUAACCCAGAAAGGAGGAAAGAUGUAUGGCGAGACGUACAGCAAGAGCCCCGAGUUCAACAGCUGGGGCGCUCCAGUUCUGCUCAAAGUCGAGGUUCCUCUGGUCCCCGUCGAAGAGAGUGAGUGUGACUGGCCCGAUAAUGAGGAAAACCAUCGUCGCCGGGCCUUCUGCAACCACAUCGAGGGCUACGGCAGUGUUUGCAGUUGCGCUGACCCGGCCCCACUGACGUUCUCACCAGAACCUGUCCCCAACAACAGGGUAAAGGACGUGCCAGUGGCCAUUGUUGCCAGUAAUAGGCCUCACUACUUGUACAGGAUGCUUCGGUCACUGCUGUCAGCUCAUGGGGUGAAUCCCAGAAUGAUCACAGUAUUUAUUGAUGGGUACUUUGAGGAACCACUGGAAGUCACGAAGCUGUUCAACAUUAGGGGAAUACAGCACACGCCAAUAGGCAUGAAGAAUGCUCGGAUAUCUCAACAUUACAAGGCUAGUCUCACUGCAACCUUCAACCUCUUUCCCGAUGCUCAGUAUGCCAUUGUAAUAGAAGAGGAUCUGGAUGUUUCGCCAGACUUCUUCAGCUACUUUAGUCAAACACUGAGGCUGCUAGAAGAGGACGACUCCAUUUACUGCAUUUCUGCUUGGAAUGACCAGGGUUACGAGCACACAAGUGAGGACCCGGCACAGCUGUACAGAGUGGAGACUAUGCCUGGUCUUGGAUGGAUCCUCAAGCGUAGCCUGUACAAGGAAGAACUGGAGCCAAGGUGGCCUACUCCUGAAAAGCUCUGGGACUGGGACAUGUGGAUGCGCCUGCCAGACGUUCGUAAAGGCCGUGAAUGCAUUGUGCCAGACGUCUCACGGACCUACCACUUUGGAUCAUCAGGGCUGAACAUGAACUCCUACUUCCAAGACGUCUACUUCAAGAAGCACGCCUUCAACACCCAGCCUGCUGUUCAGCUAAAGGAGAUCGACAGUGUCAAGAAGGAAAACUAUGAGCAGGUCAUCCACGACCUGCUGAGACGAGCCAUUGUGUUAGACCACAGUAAAAGUCCCUGCGAAGAGAAUUUCAUCCCCGACACAAAGGGGGAGGUCUACGUCAUGUUCUUCAAGAUGAAUGGCCUCAGAGAUUUCUCAACGUGGCUUCAAAUUGCCAAGUGCUUCAAAAUAUGGGACCUUGACCCAAGGGGAUACCACAAGAGUAUGUGGCGCCUAUUUAUGAAGGGGAACCAUUUGCUUGUUGUUGGCGUGCCAAACUCUACCUACUCGUCUUUCAAGCCAGCCAAAGUGACUCCCAUAUACCUUGAGGGACAGAAAAUAGACAAGGACCGGCUGCGAUAGUGUCCACAGGUGGCAGACCCUGCUUCCACUUUUGUGAAGUGCACUGAACUUUCGCCAAGGAGUGCGAAGACAUCGUUUCAUUCAUGUGUGUGCGUGUAUGUGUCAUUGCAGUGUGUGUGUGUGCAUCUGUGUUAUAUAGUCAGUGUCUGCAACUACUACUCACCGGUGCCGAUGACCCAAGCGAGGAAGUUGUGACCAGUGACCAUGCGAGACCCUACUGCCACGAACUAUGCCGCCGAAGUGACUGUAAUGUUGGCCAAAAGGGCUUAGGGCACAGCCCGACCGUGAGGACCGUGCGCGAGAAGUCACGAUAUCACACUUGUAAUAUAGGCCUGUACAUUUCUUAGGUUUGUUCUGUAGGACGCGAGUAUCUUGCCUAGGCGAGUCACCGAAGGAGACUUGUGUUGCAUGUGUAGCUUUUACCUUGUCAAACGUGUGCCACUUGAGUGAAGUUCUGUGGCCACAUCAGGUUGUAUAGUACUUAAGUAAAGAAGUGAAUGCAAAAACUCGCAUUUGUAAAUGCAGUCGUUAGAUCCAAGGUCUGCGCAGGAGAUCUGCUAAUGCAUUGCUAGCCGUACUUCACAAACUGGCCAUGGAAUUCAACAUCUGACCAGUAAAACUCAGGAUUAUAAUGGCACAUUUUUGUGAAAUACAAAGACUUAUCGUUACACGA